AUGACCUUGAGCAGGAAGAUGUCUUACGUUGUCUUUGCAUUUUUCUUCAUUUUGGCUCAAUUUCCAUCAGGGUGCCAGGCAGGACUCAAGUAUUCUGAGCCACUUCCAGGAGGUGAGUUUGCCAUUUGUGAGCCAUGCUGGCUUGGCCGGGGCAAGUGCAGGAAGAUGUGCGCUGAGGACGAGAAGGCUGUUGGAAAUUGCAAGCUGAACUUUUUCUGUUGCCGACGGAGGAUCCAGUGA